AUGGCAAGAGCAACUAGAAUUGCAUUAGACAUGGCGUUAGAAGCAAGUAAAUCUUUGAAAUCUGCUUCAGUGAUAGCUUGGCAAUAUGUGAAAACUGAGGCUGUACCACCCAUGACACUUAAUUUUUUUCACGGUCCCGGUGGCAAAAAACUAGAAGAUGUUGUAUCAAAAGCUACUGAUAACUUUAUUGCGGGCAUAAAAAAUCGAAUCCAACAAAUAGAACUUGAAAAGAUAAGAGAAGUUGCACGUAAAGAGACAGAAGCGAAAGCUCUACAGGAAAAAAAUAAGGCCGAAGCAAAAAGAAAAUCUGAGGAGGCUAAGAAAAAGGAGGCACAGAAAUUAGCUAAAGAAGCCAAGGCGAAACAGAAAACUGAUGCACAGAAGGCACAAGCUAAAGAACCAAAGAAUACCGCAUCUGACACCAAAAAAGAAGAAAUAAAAAAGGCGGCUACAACUACACCAAAAAAGAAGAAGCAAGCUAAAAGAAAAGAACCGAAGAAACACAGGCGAGAAGAUAAGAAAGGAACUCCGCCAAAAGCAAAUAGCAAA